AUGUGUAUUUGUUAUAAAAUUAUUCUGUUGAUAUUCCUCAAUUGUUUUUUAUUAAAUAUUAAUGCAACAUUUAAUCUUUACGGACUAGAAGAUUGCGGGAAAAGUCGCGCUUGUUGGCCAUAUCCUUCUGGAUGUAAUUCUGUUGAAAAUUGUCAAGCAGCAAAACCAAUUAUUAAUGCAAAUGAAUAUCAAUGGAUGGCUAUGGCAUUUAGUGAUGAUAUGUCUAUGGGGAACGACUCCGUUAUGGAUUGUAUAUUUAUUGGAAAUGAUAAACCUAAAAUGGAAAUUUCAUAUAAUUUAUUUACACAAAAUAUACCUCUUCUUGAAGCCUCAAAAACUUUACUUUCCGAGAAAAAUUUUUUAAGAAAAAAUGGAAUAUUUGGAUGUACAUUUAUUGUUGAUUAUAAUAAAAUAAAUAAUAUUCCAAAAGAAGAAAGAAAAAUGGUAAAAAAUAAUUUUAAAUUUAAUUAAAUAAAUUAAAAGAUUCUUAAAUUAAAUGCUUCUAAUUGGUGGCAUAUUUUAUAUGCUCAAGGUCCAGCCUACGAAAGUGGUGUAAAACAAUUCCAUACAAUAUAUCAAAAGACAGAUCAAUUAGUUAAAAUUUGUGAUGAUUGUACUGAUAAAUAUACG